GCCAUUCCUGAUGAUGUUGUCGAUUUCUUGAUUUGGAAGGACAGUUUUGGUAAAACGGUGGUACAUUGUGAUACGUGUCCGUUCUUUGGAGAGAGAAGUAAUUCGUCCUGUUCGUGCCCUAAACGCUUGGCGUAUGGUUCGGUUGACUCUACCAUUGGGAAACUGAGAGCCAUUUUCAACAAAUAUGGUAGAACUGCCAUUGAUGGCCCUUUUCUCGGGCUCGCUAAUCCUGCAGCUUCCCCUGAGGUCAAGUCCUAUUUAUCGGCCAUUAGAGAGGAGCAGUUGGUUGCAUGGGUCGUCCCCACGCAAGCUGAGCCAUUCUUUUUCAGGGAUUUGGUGAUCUUGUCGUCGGAGAUACUUCGGCGCAUGAACACUCACCUUCGUUCUCCAUCACAGUUAUAAUUUACCACGGGAUCAAGCGUUUUUUAAAAUACAGUUCUUUGGCAGUGACAGGGCGGGGGACUUGGGUCGGGUACGAACGCAGGAGAUGCUGUACUUCCCCAACAACCAGGGCUUGUUGUUCAACCACACCUUGACGAAGUCCCUGCGGGAUGGUGCUUCGAAUCUUUUUGGCCUUAAGCGUCAUGUGGAUCCGACAAUGUGCCCGGUUACCGCCGUGGAGGUUUACUUUAAUCUUUGCGACUUAUUGAAGGUUCCUGUUCGCCGUGGAUUUUUGUUUCGACCUUUGAACACAUCGGGGGAGGUUCUGUCUGCCCCUUUUGGGUCUGCUGCAGCCCAGUCGCGAUUAUCCCUGUACGCUAGCCAGCUCCCGGACUUAGCUAAUCGGAACGUCACUCUGCACGGUUUAAGAAGUGGUUGUGCGAUUUCUCUUGCGCUGGCCGGAACGAAACUUGAUCAGAUCAUGGACCACGUGGGCUGGAAAUCAUCGUCCACAGCACUGUACUAUAUUAAACUGAAUCAAGUACUUAGCUCUGGUGGCGCUACUGACGCCCUAUCUUCUUUGACUUUAGACUUAGCUGACGCUUAUAAGGAAUAUAAUGAUUUGCGGGGUUUUACUAAAGCCCUCACUUAG